UUUCAUUUAAUUGUUAUUAGUUAUGUUUAUUUCUCAAUGGAUUGUGAUUAAUUCAUUAUUAUCUAAUCAUGAAUCCUGGUGAAUUUUGGAGACAUUUAUGUAUUCUAAAAGCGGAAGCAAUUGCAACCGGAUUAUCUUCCCCAUCUUCUGCUUUAACUGAAACCUCACCAUCUUCUUUAACUAAUCAUAUAAAUGAAUCACCUUCAAAUAGUAAACCUAUUAAUGUAAUACCAUUUUCUACAUCAGAUAAAUAUAUUUUUGUUAAUAAAUGGCAAUCAAAUGUGUACGCAGUUCUUAGUAACCUUAAAUUUGAAUCACUGGUCGCUGGUGUAACCGGAGGUGUUUUAUCAACACUGGUCCUUCAUCCAUUGGAUCUUUUGAAGAUUAGAUUUGCUGUAAAUGAUGGGCGUUUAUCUAUUAGACCUCAUUACCAAAAUCUUCGAGAAGGAAUUAAAACCAUUUUCAAGCAAGAAGGAAUCGCUGGAUUCUACCGAGGAACAAUUCCCAAUCUCAUGGGCGCCGGUGUAUCAUGGGGACUUUAUUUUCUUUUUUACAAUUGUAUCAAAGAUUAUUUGAUGAUGGAAAGAACUGAGUUAACACCUUGGUUACAUUUAUUAGCCGCAGGUGAAGCGGGUGUUCUUACUGUUACCUUGACUAAUCCUUUUUGGGUUGUUAAAACACGACUAUGCCUUCAAUAUGGUAAUCAACAGCAAUUAUUAAACUCUCUUCCUAAUCAUAAAGUCUAUUCGGGAACUCGAGAUGCUUUUUAUAAGAUUUAUAAACAUGAAGGAAUCAGAGGAAUGUAUAAAGGAGUAAUUCCAGGAUUAUUUGGGGUCACCCAUGGAUCGUUGCAAUUUAUGGUUUAUGAGGAAUUGAAAAAAAAUAUAAACAAACGACGAAAUUUACCAACUGAGACUAAAUUGGAUAAUCAUCAGUAUAUUGCCUGUGCAGCUAUAAGUAAAUUAAUUGCUGCUUCGAUUACAUUUCCUUAUCAAGUGGUUCGAGCUCGUUUACAAGAUCAACAUACCGAUUUUAAAGGUGUUCGAGAUGUGAUAGUUAGAACUUGGAGGAAUGAAGGAUAUCGAGCCUUUUAUAAAGGAUUAACACCAAGCUUAAUCAGAGUGGUUCCUCAAACAUCAAUUACAUUAUUAACUUACGAAAACACAAUUAGAUUCCUGAAGAAGCAAAAAAAUGAAUCAUAUCAAUCCAAGAAUUCAUUGUUUUGAAUUAAUCAUCAUCAUCAUCAUCAUCAUUAUUGUCAUCAUUUAAAUUGUCAUCCAUUGAUCUCAUUUCCCCUUUUCAUUGACAAUUGAACGUUAAUUGUUGAUCAACAAAAACAAAAGGAGAAACGAUCAACAGCCACACACAAUUAACGCAAACGAUUUAAGCAUAAAUCAAAGUGAUUUGAUUAACCAUCAAUAGAUGAAAAUUUUUUUAUUCACCAAUUUGCAAUUUAGUAAAUAUAUUAGUCAUUACAAUUGUUAAUUGUUAUCCGACAAUAUAAAUUAGCAAGAAAUUUAAUUUUCAACAAUUUAGUUUGAUAAAGUUUAACCUGAAUUUAAUGUAAUAUCUAUUCAAUUGUCCGAGUAUUUUUUAUCGUCAAUCUUGAUUGUAAUUAGUUAAUUUUUUUCCCUCUUUGUUUCUAAUUGUCAACAAUUAACUUUGUUGAUGUUCAAUUAAAAGAAAAGGGAAACUUUCAACUGAAAGUUGACCAAAGAAUGACCAACGAUUGAUUGUACUUAACUGACCUGUACCAGAAUCAAGAUAGAAUUUCUAAAUGUUAAAUCAAUUAAAUUAGAUGAUUAAUUAAA